AUGGAGGAAGAAGAAUCGCGAGAUGACCUGAAUUAUCGUAUAAGAAGGAACCUCAUUGGUGAGCUUACCUAAUCAAUUAAUUAAUACAAAAUAAACAACGAUUAUAGAAUGGUUUGGGUCGUUUGACGAAUUUUCCGAGAAAGUGAACAGAAAUGUACAGCAUGGGAUAAUCAGAGUAAGACUAAUUUCGCAAAUACUGACUGACUACCAGAUUUUUGACUGUCUUGUUUUUCGACUACCAGGAUUUUUUACUACCGGAUUGAUUUUUGACUACCCGGAUUUAUGACAACUGGGAUUUUUGACUACCGAAUAGAUUUUUGACUUUCUUUCGGCAAACGGUAAACUCAAUUCAUCGCUAUUGCCCCUCGGUGUUUGCAGACGCAAGCCAAAAUUUCCUGAAAUUAGGCUUGAGUCUGCAAACACCGAGGGGGCAAGAGCAGUAAAUUGAGUAUAUUAUUGGGGCACCGGACAGAAAUGGCGCGCUGUUCGCAAUCUGGCCGAAUUUCUAGGCCGCAAAGUAAUUUUCCACUGAAAAUGUGGCCUAACUGUUCAAACUCGGCCCCGAGGUCGCUCAAUUUGCAUCCCCGGUGAUGUGCUAGAGCUCACUUUUGGGAAGCGACUUUCACAUCCACGGCCGCCUGCACCCGGUGCUGCCUCGAAUGAAUCGAAUUCAUCGAAUUGAGCAUUUUUCUGUGAAAAUAUUUGAUCAUGAAGUGAAAAAACUUAGAAAAAAAGAAAACCCUUUCGAAAACACGUUUUUUCUUUAUUUAAAAUGCUUGUGUGCAAACACCGCUCAGUGAACCGAAUUGCUUACCGUCCCAUUGACCGGCCAAGGCUUUUUUGCAGUGGAGCGCGCUUGCAACUAGCCCGGCCAGGGCUUUUCAUUAGCCAGCCAGGGCUUUUCAUUAGCCAGCCAUGGCCGGCCAUUUGCCCAGCCCUGGUGAUAGGCAUAUUACACAUAGGCCUAUCACAGGUCCACGUUCUCAAUAGACCGAUCGCGAAUCACCUGUGUGUACGGGAUCCUACAUUGUGCAGAUCAUAAAAAAUAUGACGGGGCUGCAUUAUUGUUGACCAGAAAUCGAGUAGCCAAAAAUCUAUCCGGUAGUCAAAAAUCCUGGUAAUCAUAAAUCUAUCUGGUAGUAAAAAAUAUUAGUAGUUAAAAAUACAGGUAGUCAAAAAUCUGGUAGUCAUUCAGUAUUUCGCGACUAAUUUGGAGAAUGGUUCACAAAAAAAGUUCAGACGAAAAUGAAAAAAUGGUCAAGUCCUUUUGUUUCGUUGCAACUGCCGCAUGACUCUCCCAGUCACAUUGCAGUCCAUGUUGCACUUCAAAGUAUGCGUAAUCUCGUCGAUGAACCUCUCAGUGCUCUGCCCAAUGAGUUACCAGCACUCAAGUUGACGGCACAACAAAUCAGCGAACGUAAAAAGACGGUGAUUUCAAUGAGAAGGAACAAUAAUGGAGGAUUGGAGAAAACGGUAGAGUCUCCUGAACCGAAGCAUAGAAAAUGUGUUGAAACAUCGGAUCAAGGAAACAGGACUUGUAUGCCCAAAUGUAAGCCAUUUAUUUAACUUCGACUGCGAAAACCUACAUAAAAAUUACGGGUACCCGACCAGGUCGGAAAUUCGAAAUUUUGGCCGCGUCAAAAGUAUGCGCAUUAGCCGUUCUUUGAUAAAACGUCUAGUUCUACUAAUAUCAUCGAAAAUAGCGGGUGACGUAUACUUAUGACGCGCACUGUAUUUCCCGUUUAACUGAAUAUCAAUCUUCAGAAAAUAUGCUAAUUUUUUCGCUAAUUUUGUACUGGACGACAUGGCAUUUUGGAACAACCCCUAUAUCAAUUUCAGCAACAAACAUCAUUACGGACAAUGAGGAUCUUCACCUCACUUUCAGCUCGGAGUCCGAACUUCAUUCACCCGAAAAUGCAGCAUCAACAGAGUCGAAUACCGUCGAGGCAAUGCUCAAUAUUAUGACUUCGUUAGUGAAACCACGGCCUUUCGAAAACCAAACUCAAUUCAUCGCUAUUGCCCCCCGGUACUUGCAGACUCAAGCCAAAAUUUCUGAAAUUCGGCUUGAGUGCGCAAACACAGAGGGGGCAAGAUCGGUAAAUUUAGUAUACUUGAACAAACACGCUCUAUCAAACCGCCCGCCUGGCGCAAAGCCAAUUUUCAAAACCUUAAUUAAAAACAAGACUUUUGAAACCUGGGCCCGCUGCGCUGGUCGAUAACGCUUGUUCGAUUCUCCGGACCGUUUGAAAGUUUAUGUCAACAAUUGAACAGACAUCCACCACCACCACUUAAGAGUUAUUAAAUAUUUAAGAACAAAACUUUCUGAAAUUUGGCCUGCUGCGCUAGCCGAUCUGAUACUCGGAAGCGACUCCGUCGCAUGUUUAUCAGACUUGUCAGGUAAAGCGUUUGUAAUCUAGCUAGCUAAUUUGCGUUUCUAACGGGAACUAAUUAGAUUGCUAAUUUACUGCGAUUAGAUUGCUAAUUUACUGCGAUUAGAUUGCAAAUUCUUCUAACUGGACUGAUAAAUUUUCUAAUUAGAUUGAAAAAACGCUGAUAUUAGAUUCAAAAUUUAUCUAAUUAGAUUAAAAUUUCGAGCAACCUACUCUGGCAAUUCGAUAUUAAUCUAAUUAGAAAGUUACUGAUCUAAACGCGACCUAAUUAUUAUAGGGGCACCGCACAGAAAUGGCGCUCUGUUGAGAAACUCUUUUUGCAGUGCAAAUUGAGCGACUUUUUUUCUUUAAAAUGAGCCAGGUGGUUAGAGGUAAAUUUAAGGUUUCCGUGAGAAGUUACAGCUUCACAAUUUCCAGUCACCCGUAUACUUUGCCAGUCCGUGAUCAGUAGUCUUUGUGUAGUCUUCCGAAUACCGUGGGAAAUCAAAACUGAAAAUACAUAUUUACCACAAGUCUGCCCCCGGCUACGCCGGGAUCCAGGCUUUGCUACGGGCAUUGCUGCGCAUUGCAAAAAAAAGGCUCGCAUGAUCUCGGCUAACCUCUGGAUCUUUUCAGCUGAACUUCAGCAACUUUCACCUAACUCCUGCUCAAGAGCAGCUAAUGUUAUCCACAAAAGUUGCUGAAAUUCUGUGCAGAAGUUGCUAUCGCCUAAAAGUUUGCUAAAAGCUGGCUUAACUGCUGUUCAAAAGUUGCUGAAGUGUUGUUCAAAAGCUGAUGGCGCUGAACGUUUGCUCAGAAGUUGCUGAAGUGUUGUUUCAAAAAAAUAUGCUAAUCCAAAAGUUUUACUCGAAAGUAGGGAUGCAGAACGGGCGCUGGCGCCUAAAAUCGCAUGCUCAGGCAAAUCGUUUCUAAUCUAACUAGCUAAUUCUCGUUUCUAACCGGACCUAGUUAGAUUGCUACAGAUUUCAGAAUCUAGCUAGCUGAUUUUGCAAUCUAAGCAUAAUCUAGCUAGGUUUGCCCGAAAUUUUAAUCUAAUUAGAUAAAUUUUGAAUCUAAUAUUAGUGUUUUUGCAAUCUAAUUAGCUGCGCCAGUCUAAUUAGAAAAUUUAUCAGUCCAGUUAGAAGAAUUUGCAAUCUAAUUAGAUCCGGUUAGAAACGCGAAUUAGCUAGCUAGAUUACAAACGAUUUACCUGAGUGUUUUGCAUCCCUACUCGAAAGUUGCCGAACUUAAGUUCAAAAUCUGCUAUCACCCCAGCGUUUGCUGAGAAGUUGCAGAGGUUUACCGAGGUCCGCUGGUGGUCGAGUGGUAAAACGAGCGGUCGCAUGUUCGACCCCCGCUCGGUUUUCUCCGGUUCGUCUUUCUUUCUGCUGCGCUAAGCAGUCAGCAGACAUACAAAAAGACAGACAGACAGUCAGGCACACAGACAGACGCCUCUUGUGUUUUAUAUAUUAUUAUAGGGGCACCGGACAGAAAGGGCGCGCUGUUCGCAAUCUGGCAGAAUUUCUAGUCCGCGAAGAAAUUUUCCACUGAAAACGUGGUCUAACUUUUCAAACUCGGCCCCGAGGUCGCUCAAUUUGCACUGCAAAAAGAGUUUCUCAACAGAGCGCCAUUUCUGUGCGCUGCCCCUAUAAUAAGAUGGAUAAUUGACAGAUUAGAAAGGCCUACAUUAUCUCCUAUAUCGGACAAAUUCUUGCACAAUUUUAAAAGAGGCGUAUACUCCGAUCAAUGCCCGAACAAAUCUGAAGGACGAGACAACGGAGUUGAUGAGAAGACAUAUUUAAAAGGAGACUGCAAUCAAAGUAAAGAAUCGAUCGGACAUGAAUUCGCAAAUGUACCAGUGCCGAGAAAUCAAUGUACUCAUCGAGAGUGAGUUUCCCUUUUGUGAUUUUUGGCAAACAAGCUAUUCUAGCCGCAGACUUUCCCGGGCUGCCCGGGAAAAAUACGUUCUCGGGCCAUUCACGGGAUCCCCGGGACAGAACAGUAAGGCCCCAAACUAGCGCAAACAUUUCUCUUUUUUUCUCUCUUUUUUUCCCAGUGACACAUCUCAACAGUUCGAAAAAUAUGUAUUUCUAAUUUUAAGCAAAAAUGAGCUGUAUUGUGUAGAAUUUUCUGAAAAUCGACAAUUGUCCAUUUUCAAAAUGUGUGAACUUCCUAUGCAAAACAAGACUUUUGAAACGGCGGCUUCGCCGCUUUUUUUGUUUCGCAAAACCAUUCUAAAGUUCACGUGUCCAUUUCUUAAUUUCUCCGUCACAACUUUUUCGUUUUAGAAAUGAAAAAAUGGCCGGACAAACGGAGAAAGAAACAAAGAAAGAAAGUUACGGACAGACCCCGCUAGCUUUUUAUUAAAUAAGAAUGAUAAUUUAAGGCAUUUCAAUGAGGGUAGCUCUACCUCACCUGCUUCAGCGACACCACGGUCCUCGUCAGCAAAUCGCUUCUCCCCCAGUCAAACACGAUUCCCACGCACUGGAACGAAAACACGUGGGCAAAUUACGUUGCAUAAUUUAAAUGCCGAACGGGUUCAAAAACUGCUCAAUUUUGCUGAGCAUCGUGGAAAAAUUUUUGAAGAAAGGAGUGAGUUCACUGCUGGCACUUCUGACCUCUCAAUUAGCCGUGACAGCCCUCGUGAAAAGGAGAAAAAGAAGGUGAGUCUGAUAUGAUUUGCAAGACGUUAACGCUCGGAAGUUUUGCCGCUUUCUCUUCUUACGACCUUUAGAAAGUUCACGUGAAUUCACGUGUUCAUUUCCUAAUGUCGCCGUCGCAACUGUCUCAGGAGGCUACCCCUAGGGUUGCAGAACAGGCGCCUGCUUUCGCCUGUUUUGCGAUUUUAACGUGGAAUUUUUGCAAAACAGGCGAAAACAGGCGCCUGUUCUGCAACCCUAGCUACCCUGAACCAGAACUAUCCCGAAUCAGAACCUAUCUGCAGGUGGUUUUCGCUACGAAAAGUCGUGCUAUGGCGGGUUCUGAUUCGAAACAGUUCUGAUCCGAACAAUUCUAACUCGGCACAGUUCUUAUUCGGAUUAGCCUCCUAAGUAUUUCUGUCUUAGAAAUUAAAAACUGGAGGGAACCUAAAUGCAAGCCCGUCUAGUACUCUAGCUAGUGUUUCCAGGCAUUCAUACCACACAGGUGAACUGCGAUUUGACGUAUCUGGGGUACUCGAUUAAUCAAUCGCGGGCCCAUUUCCGUUAAUAUUGGCCAAUCAUGCGUCAAUCGCGAGCCACAUGGCUAACAAUUGAUCAACCCGCGAGCGGUUGAUCAAUCCGCGACUAACCGGCUCGCGGGUUGACGUAUCAUUCGUCUAUUAUUAGUGAUGACUUGAUAAUUGAUCAAUCGCAGUUCACCUGUGCAACUAAGCUGGUCGAACAGGCGCCUGAAAUCGCCUGCUCGACCAGCCUAAUACCAACUAUUCGUGUCUCUGUAUUAUAGGGACACCGCACAGAAAUGGCGCUCUGUUGAGAAACUCUUUUUGCAGUGCAAAUUGAUUUUUGGCGACCUCGGGGCCGAGUUUGAAAAGUUAGGCCACAUUUUCAGUGGAAAAUUACUUCGCGGCCUAGAAAUUCGGCCAGAUUUCGAACAGCGCGCCCUUUCUGUCCAGUGACCCUAUAAUAACUUUUGACUUAAAUUUUCUUCAAAAUGUUUUUCACAUGAUGCAUACUUACGUUCAUGAGCCGUAAUCUUAUGGGGCUAUUCAGGGGAUGAAAAAAUGAUUGUUUUCCGUUUUUUCCCUAUUCAGCGAUGUUAAAAAAUGAAAAAAAAACGGAAAGAAACGCGAUGCAUGCGGCUACUGUGAGAGACGUUUUAUGAGUGGAUUUAUUAUAGGGUCACCGGACAGAAUGGGCGCGCUGUUCGCAAUCUGGCCGAAUUUCUAGGCCGCGAAGAAAUUUUCCACUGAAAACGUGGCCUAACUUUUCAAACUCGGCCCGAGGUCGCUCAAUUUGCACUGCAAAAAGAGUUUCUCAACAGAGCGCCAUUUCUGUGCAAUGCCUCUAUAAUACGAGAAGGGGGAAUUUUUUUUUCUAAUUUUUUAGCGAAAUUGCCACGUUUGCCCGCUAUUUUCAACCGAUUUUCAACGGAAUUUCUGUUCUUAUUUAUCUGUGAUAGUGACUGAUGCGAAAUUGCCACGUUUACCGCUAUUUCCGACCGAUUUCGCUUGAAUUCUUUUUUUUGGAUAGUUUCGAGUGCCUCGUCAUAUCGUUCAAAACAUUGAGCUUUUCGGUGAAAAUCUGUUCAAAAUAGCGGGGAAACGUGGCAAUUUCGCUGAAAAAUUAUAAACAUUUUCGUAAAUCCACUCAUAAAACGUCUCUCACAGUAGCCGCAUGCAUCGCGUCCGGGAAAUCGCUGCGAGACCCGCCGGAAAAAAAACGCUGCGAACAAUGCAUUUCUUUCCAUUUUUUGACAUCGCUGAAUAGGGAAAAAAACGGAAAACAAUCAUUUUUUCAUCCCCUGAAUAGCCCCAUAAUCCCAUUAAUCACAAAUAUUUUUUCCAGCUCGAAAGAAAUUCUGUCGACAGGUCGCCAGUGAUAGCAAAAAAACCGAAGAUGAAACACGAAAUUUCUGAAGAAUUAGAUGCUCCGUUCAAGCAGAAGAAGCCCGUCUUCAAUUCUGCAAAAGGCUUGCAGAACUUGAGUCCUCGACCUCCAUCUCCUCGAUCCAUUAACUCGGAUACGCCGACUUCUUUAUCUAGACCAUCAUCAUCACUUUCUUCGCAUGAAAAUUCUGUCAGCCAGCUACAAAAAACAACGAAGAACACCGAACAAAGUACAACAAAGUCUAUUUUGGAUAAAAAGCAAACGCGAUGGAGUUGUCAGUGGGAGCAUGCAAAGUUGAAAAUCGUUCAACGAGUCCCAAUCCCUGAUCCUACCAAUCCGCACGCAAAAUUGAAAGGAGAUUUUUAUCAUGAUCUUGCAAAGGGAUGGAAAAAUAAAGCUGAUAAAAGCAAAGAUAGGGUGUUACGUCCAUUAAACUAUAUGCUGUCAUCUGUGUAUUUCGUGCUAGAAGCUAUCACAAAAUUGGAAAAAGAGCGAACUCCCCAAUCAAGAAUGCAGUGUGCUUCGAUUUUCAGGGACACAUAUGAUUUACUGGGGUGAUCAAAAUGCUUGCGAAACGCAUCCAAUGAGGUAAUUUCAGUGUUGCGGUUUUUCAAGGUGUCAGAGAAACAGAUGAGUCUCUCGCCGUCCAUUUCCUACCACGCAUUAAGAUAGUGGGGCAAAUAAUGUUAUCGGUCAUGCAAUAUCAGAUAUAUCUUUUCCGAUCUGAGGUGAGAUGAGACAGCCACAAUGUUUGAACGAUAAUUUUUUAGCAAGCUAUCAAAAACUACACACGGCUCGAAAUGCGUACACUUCCGGAAUUUUACGAAAUUCGUCAAACGUCGGCAGCUUUUCCAGUUACAGAUAGCUCGAAUACAUCUAACUUAGUAGCGGGAAAACCUUUACCGCCAUUGACGCAAACGCAGACUAAUAUUUCUUGCACUUCCGCAGGUUCAACACCACCGAACGCGCAAAUAGGCACUUGGAUCACAAGCGUUUCUAAUUGCCCUACGACAGUAUAAUAAUUAUGAUCACAAACGAAAAUGGUGCAAUUUCAGGUUACCAUGCCGCAAGUUAUUUUUGACACAUUAAAGUCACAAGUCAAGACAUCUCACUCAUUGAUUUUAGCGAGUCGGUACUGGGAAGAUUCCAAAAGUUUGGCCAGACAGGUAGACGUCGGCUUCAUCAAAAAGUACGUUCGUUUUAAGUACCGAACCGAAUUGAUUACGCGGAGCAAUAGCGGCACGCAAAGUAAAGGCAUUUUUGUUACCGUACACCAUUUUUCGAUACAAGAAAAUUUUAAAAAAACUGUCCGUUGUUUAAUGGCGAACUGUAACAGUGGUCUAACUGUGCGCGUCCCAUCCUGUAGAAUUGCAGCAAACUUCGGCCGGCAAAAUUCAACUUAUUUUUUUGACACGGCACUAUGCCGUGUCAAAAAACAAAAACGCUUAAAGUACUCAAAUCGAGAAUUUUCUUCUGGUGGAGAACGCUUAAAUUUUUAAGAGACCAAAUCUUAUUCAAGAAUUCUUCUUUGUUUCUAAUUAAACGGUAUUUUUAAGUAUUGAAGCUGUAUGUGGUAAAUCGCUGGGAAUGGAUAUGCCGUUCGAAGUCCUCGCCCAAUUCGUACUGACUGCUGUUGGAAGUCUGAAGUCCGAAUAUGAAGAAGAACAGAAAUUACCUGUUAAGCCGGUGUUAGCAAAAGUACGGACAGCUAAGUUUUUCAGAGAAAUGUACGUAUAUUAUGACAGGUAAAACCGAUUCUCGACAUUGCUAUAAGGAUAGGAUCCUUCCAUUCAUUAACAACAGAAAGACAGAGCCGUCCUACCCAGUCAACACCUCAGUUGAUUGCUUCUACUCGAGCACCCACACCCCUAUCCGUCCAGAACAGUGCUAAAUGA